AUCCUGGAAACAUGGAGUCACAGAAUGUCAUGAGGCUUGGAGUAGGCUUGGGUUCACUUUGACAUCAGCGCGCGGUCUCGACGGACAGUCUGGAGAAAUCUCGUACCUGCCAGUACUCUUUUCUGGCAGAAACCAGGCGAGUGACGCUGUAGCUCCAAGUCGUAGCCAAGGCGGCCAAAUUUCGAGAAAUACGGCUCCUUCCCUGGACUAUCUGACAAGGUAUGUCGUAAAGCGCAGCCUCUGCUGUUAAGUAAAGCGACUUCCAUUCUCUUCUUGGUCGGAGCCAAUACGACAGUGCAUCAAGUUGGACCUCCCGUACUAGACUCAGUUCUUCAAGCUGCGGCGUACCUCUGGCGAAACUUCACCAAUCAGCUGCCUUUAUCCAUGGGAAGGACCUGCCUCGUGGGCACUAUAAAACUCGCACGAUUCUUUUAAGUGAUCUUCUGUGCUUUGACACCUUCAACUUCGUGACGAAGCAAUGGCUGUAGGUGCUGUUGCGAACACUGGGUCGACCGGUUACAGUCGCCUCAUUGACCCUAACAGGAAAUGGUAUAACAACCGAAGGCUCAUCGUUCUCAACUUCUGGAUCUGUUUGCUGCUCAUCACGUCUUCUACGAACGGAUACGAUGGAAGCAUGAUGAAUGGAUUACAAUCGCUCACCCAAUGGUCUGACUAUUUUCACAAGCCAAGGGGCGGGAAGCUUGGCCUUCUGAACGCCAUUCAGAAUAUUGGGAGUCUUGCCGCAUAUCCCUUUGCCCCAUAUUUUUCGGAUGGCAUUGGACGGAGAUAUACUAUUCUCAUGGGUGCUGUUAUCAUGAUUAUUGCCACAACUAUUCAGACGGCUUCUCAGUCCGUUGGGAUGUUCAUUGGUGCUCGAUUCCUGAUUGGUUUUGGUGUGACCUUUGCUGCAAACUCGGCUCCCAUGCUGGUUACCGAGAUAUCAUAUCCGUCUUAUCGUGCACCUCUCACGUCGACAUACAACUCCCUCUGGUAUCUGGGAUCUAUUAUUGCCGCCUGGACAACCUUCGGUUCUUUCAAGAUCAACAACACCUGGGCAUGGAGAAUUCCGUCAGCUCUUCAGGCCCUCCCUUCCGUUUUCCAGGUCGCUCUCAUUUGGUUCGUCCCUGAGUCUCCGCGUUGGCUCGUCAGUAAGGGCCGUGAAGAGCAAGCGCUAAAGGUCUUGGCUUAUUAUCACGCAAACGGAAACGCCGAGGACCCACUGGUGAAGCAUGAGUUCGAGGAAAUUAAGGCUGCCAUUGAAUUGGAUCGUACCGUGACCGCCAACGUCGGAUGGAAAUCAUUGAUUUCUAAGCCCGGAAAUCGCAGGCGUAUGAGAAUCAUCAUCGCCAUUGCAUUCUUCUCGCAGUGGUCUGGUAACGGUUUGGCGUCGUACUACUUGAACAGGAUUCUGGACGACAUCAAUAUCACAGAUCCAACAAUCCAGCUCUUGAUCAAUGGUAUUCUCCAAAUCUGGAACUUGGCUUGGGCAUUGCUCGCAUCAGGUUUCGUCGACAGGCUUGGUCGACGCCUGUUGUUCAUGAUGUCUGCAGUGGGCAUGUUCCUCUUCUUCAGCGCCCAGACGAUCUGCUUCGCGGUGCACAGCGAGAUGGGAACCAAAUCGGCUGCCAAUGCCCUCAUUGCUUUCAUUUUCUUGUUUUACGCGGCCUACGAUCUUGCAUUCACGCCUCUGAUUGUAGCCUACACAGUCGAAAUCCUUCCUUACCCUAUCCGCGCCAAGGGCUUCAACGUGUUCAAUUUCACCAUUUCAGUGGCCCUGAUUUUUAACCAGUACGUGAAUCCAAUCGCAUUGGACAACAUUGGCUGGAAAUACUACAUUGUCUACGUGUGUUGGAUUGCAUUCGAAUGCGUUUUUCUUUACUUCUACGUCGUCGAGACCAAGGGUCUUACUCUCGAGGAGACUGCAGUUAUUUUCGACGGAGACGACGCCAAAGAACAACUUGCCCACGCUGCCGGUAUCAAAGAGGAUGACGAGAAAGGAUCUAAUUCUUCGGUGCACGCUGCAGAGUUGUCGGAGAAGAUCUAAAAUGGAUAAUCAUUACUCAUUGGAUUCCACAACAUUGGUUGGGACGUAUAAUGCCAUGAGGGAGAUACGGUUAGUAAAUAUCUGUGACGCUUUUUGCAUUGAACCUCAUCUACCUAUGUACACGUAAAUUAUGCAUGACGUUGAUAUCUCGCUGUUCCACUUAACAAGUCGGUGCUAGGGAUGGAGACAGUUGUAAUGACAUUCAACUUGCACAGGUGCGUCUGCUAGUGCUGAGAAGCCGUACCUUGCCGGGGACGUGACCGUGC